CACAGCCCCUUGCCCAUAAAUUCCAUUAUCGAGCUCACAGCUUCUCUCAUGGACAUCUAGGAUUCUAGGAGAGCAAGACAUCCAGCCGGAGAUAAAUAACAAACCGACAGCCGAGCCUCGCCGACAGACCAAUGGAACAAUUCCUUCUUGAUAACGCUGCGCGACAUCAAAUGCUUGUCCAGAGGUUUAAGCCACCCCGCCAGAAGACCCAAUCCAAGUCUGAGGCCUCCCCUUCCAACAUCACUGUCGCUACUCGCAUUCGACCCAUAUCCGACGAGGAGCUAUUGUCUGGACAAGUUGUUGCUGUUUUUCCUCGGCUUGACAGUAGCGGAGUCGUUGAUCUGCAUGAGCUGCGGCGUGUUGUGAGGGGCUUUCCCCCCUUAAAUUCCUCCUCAUUUCAACCUGGUAGAGUCUUUAGUGCAGAUGACAAGACUGACACGAUCUACGAAGACGUAGUGCACUCACUCAUUCCCUGGGCCUGGGAUGGUAACGUGGGAACACUAUUCGCCUACGGGCAAACGGGAUCGGGGAAGACAUUCACUGUCCGUGGUCUAGAGCAACUAGUUGCGAGAUCAAUUUUUGAUGGGGAAUUGGAAGGUGAACGGAAUGUCUACGUUGCUAUGUUCGAACUUGCCGGAAACUCAGCAUAUGACCUCUUGAAUUCUCGCGCACCUUUCUCAAUCCUGGAGGACCACCUCGGCACGACCCAGUUGGUCGGUAUUCAAGAAUUUAGCGUACGAAGCACCGCCGAACUACUUGCUCUGUCUGAGAAGGCAAAUGAACUGCGACAAUCAGCGCCGACAGUCAAGAACGACGGCUCUUCUCGAUCGCACGCAAUAUGCCGCAUCCGAAUCGAGAGACCCUCACACGAGUCAGCAGAAGGUGGGAUCCUAUACUUGAUUGACCUCGCUGGCUCAGAGGCAGCGCGCGAUAUAUUUUCACACUCGACAGAGCGGUUGAAGGAAACACGCGAGAUAAAUAUGAGUCUAUCAGUACUCAAGGAUUGCAUCCGAGGCGUGGCCGAUAUGGAGAAGAGAAACCCUUCAAAGAAAGCGUACAUCCCUUUUCGUCAGAGCACACUAACCAAGGUUCUAAAGCAUUUAUUUGACCCGUCGGAGAGCCGCCAAUGCCGGACUACAGUUGUCGCCUGCAUCAAUCCUAGUUUCCUUGAUACAGGAGCAAGCAAGAACACGAUGCGCUAUGCGGAGAUGCUUUGUAAGUCUUAGUUAGCUCGGAACUGAACGCUGUAUUGUCAUUCUUCUGAGCUUUUUGGAUGCCAUACUUUGAAUCAAUGUUCUGUAUUUUCUUCUGUUCUUGGCCCUUCUUGGCUUUCUUCGAUGAAUAUACG